GCGAUUUCUAUGAAAAUAUGAGCUUAGAGUUUCAGUUUGUGACACAUACGCACAAUGAGCACAUAUUAUUCUAUAUUUAAAUACUAUAUUUGGCUGUGUAUUGUGGUGAGCAGCGGAGCCGCUGUCGCGGAGAGAAAUGAAGUCAAGGUGAGAAUAGAUCAGCUGGAAGAGCUGAUAGAGCUAAACAAUGAAGAGCUGCAGCAGCUGGAAGCCAAAUGGAACUCUGUGAGAAAUGGAAGCACAGAUCAGAUUGAGGCGCCGUGCGACUCCUACAUCAGCGAGCAGAAGAGCUGGCUGAGUGCCUGCGAGGCAAAGGCAAAGGCAGCGGCAGAGCGGCUCAAGGAGAGUGAGGAUCAUUCAGCUAUACUGCUGCAGAAUUUGACUAGCUGCAGGAUCAGUUUAGCUUACGACUCGGAGCUGGAGGAGUACUUGCCGCAGAGCUGUCUGCCCUUUGGCAGUGCCACGGGCAUCUACAGGAUCAGGCUGCCGGGGCAGGACCCCUUCUAUGUGCCGUGCGAUGCGCGCUUUGCCGGCUCCGGCUGGCUGGUCAUUCAGCGGCGCAUGGAUGGCAGCGUUGACUUCUAUCGCAACUGGACCGAGUACCGAGCUGGCUUCGGCUCGCUCAGUGGCGAGUUCUUCAUCGGACUGGAAAAGCUGCAUCGACUGACGGCCCUGCGCCGCUUCGAGCUCUUCGUCUACCUGGAGGACUUUGAGGGCGAGGUGCGCUAUGCGCAUUACGAUAACUUCAGCGUUGGCAGCGAGGAGAGUUUCUACCAGCUCAAGUCCUUGGGCGAGUACGAGGGCACCGCUGGCAACUCGAUGGCCCUGAAUGUCCUGCAGAGGUUUUCCACGGCCGACAAGGACAACGACACCUGGCUGGGGGGCAACUGCGCCCGCAGAUACCACAGCGCCUGGUGGUACGCCUCCUGCUCGGCUUUCUGCAAUCCCAAUGGCAAGUACUUUAAGAGAAGGCAGCUCAGCAUCAGUACACGCGGCAAAGGCAUCAUCUGGCAGCAAUGGCAUGGCUUCGAAGAAACGCUCAAAUUCGUACAGCUCAUGAUAAGGCCCAUAUCAGCACCAGUAUGAAAUGC